CAUGAUCUUGGGUAGGGGCACAUACAUGGGUUGUUUGGAUUAAAAAACGAAUGUGCCCAUUGCCCAAAGUAAAGAUGUAUUUAGGCUGUCUCCUGGUAACGCUUGCGUCACAUCCGGGGAGCGACUGAAGCCGCUUCCGGUUGGUUGUCACCUUAUUCACAUCAGAGAUGAUUCGGAACGGACUUAGCGACCCCACCUCGGAACGGUUGCCGGUUCGGGUGUGGUGCGAUGGCUGCUAUGAUAUGGUCCAUUAUGGACAUUCUAACCAGCUGCGUCAGGCACGGGCCAUGGGAGAUUACCUGAUUGCAGGAGUGCACACGGAUGAGGAGAUUUCCCGCCACAAGGGACCCCCUGUCUUCACACAAGAAGAGAGAUACAAGAUGGUGCGAGCCAUUAAGUGGGUGGAUGAAAUAGUAGCUGGAGCUCCGUAUGUCACAACUCUGGAAACAUUGGACAAGUACAACUGUGACUUCUGUGUCCAUGGAAAUGACAUUACGCUAACAGCAGAUGGUAAGGACACUUAUGAAGAGGUUAAAAAGGCUGGGAGAUACAGGGAGUGUCAGCGCACUCAGGGAGUGUCUACUACUGACCUGGUGGGGCGGAUGUUACUUAUGACUAAAGCUCAUCACAGCAUAGAAGCUACGCAGGAUUAUGAGCAACACAGAGACAACUUUGGGAAGGAUCCAAGGGGCCGCAGUCCCUGGACUGGGGUGUCUCAGUUCCUUCAGACAUCACAGAAGAUUAUGCAGUUUGCCUCUGGGAAGGAGCCCCAGCCUGGAGAUACCAUCAUUUAUGUGGCAGGGGCAUUUGACCUCUUUCAUGUUGGUCAUGUCGAUUUCCUGGACACAGUGCACAGUUUAGCUGAAAAGCCUUAUGUCAUAGUGGGGCUACAUUUUGAUCAGGAAGUUAAUCACUACAAGGGGAAAAACUACCCUAUCAUGAACAUACACGAGAGGACCCUGAGUGUUCUGGCCUGCAGGUAUGUCUCUGAAGUGGUCAUCGGAGCACCUUAUUCUGUGACUGCUGAUCUACUGGAUCAUUUUAAGGUUGACAUUGUUUGCCAUGGUAAAACAGAGGUUCUUCCUGAUAAGGAUGGCUCUGACCCGUAUGCGGAACCCAAACUCCGUGGCAUAUUUAGAACGGUAGACAGUGGGAAUAACCUGACAACAGAUGACAUUGUGCAGCGGAUAAUAAAGAACAGGCUAGAGUUUGAAGCACGGAAUCAAAAGAAAGAGGCAAAGGAACUGGCUGUGUUUGAGUCAUUGCAGAAGAGGGAGAGGGACCUGUUGGUGCAAGAGAACUAAAUUUGGACCAACCCAAAUGACAUGUGGGCCAGUUUUGAGUACAUAAAAUGAACCUCCCUAAAUUACCUAACAACAUCUCGAUUCCCACACUUACUUAUUUAUAAUAUACCUGAAGACUUCAAAUUAUUUAAUUCCAGUUGUGUCCUACUCAAGUCCUUGUGCUAUCCUAGGCCAGGAUUUGAAGUAUCCUGCUUGAGCAUUUCUGAUUACCCACCUACCAUUAGUUAUGGAAACAUUAAAAUCCUGGCUACUGGAGUUGGGAUUCUUUCUUAUACACUACCUUACUCUGACUACCUGAAAUCAAGCACCCCCCCUCCAAAUAUUCCAGCUUCCUCAAAACAAACUUACUUCAGCGCCCAGCACUGACAUUUUAUCGUCCUCUGGUUCCAGUCUUGUACUUUUAUUGUCAGAGAUCUAUAUUAUAUGUACAUUUUAAAUUAAAAUAUUCUAAUGUUAUCCUUUUAA